AUGGGGAACUGCUGCGUCGCCCGGCCGUCCUGCAAUAAUAAUAAGCGGCGGGCUGGUGGCGGCGCCCGCGCCGGCGUCGGGAACCGCGGCGGGCGCCUCGGCGGCGCCAACGUGCGGUCCUACUCUACGCUGUCCUCGAUCUGCAACGGCGCGCGGGACGCCGCGGCGCAGCCGUGCGCGCCGCUGACCGUGCUGGGGGAGGGCCUGGCGGCGGAGGCCAGCGCCAAGGAGCUGCUCCGGCGCUACCAGCUCGGCGAGGAGCUGGGGCGCGGCGAGUUCGGGCUCACGCGGCGGUGCACGGACACGUCCACGGGCGAGGUGCUCGCGUGCAAGUCCAUCAGCAAGCGCAAGCUCCGCAGCAGCGUCGACAUCGAGGACGUGCGGCGGGAGGUGGCCAUCAUGCGCGCCCUGCCGGACCACUCCAGCGUCGUGCGCCUGCGCGAGGCCUUUGAGGACGGCGACGCCGUGCACCUCGUCAUGGAGGUCUGCGAGGGCGGCGAGCUCUUCGACCGCAUCGUCUCGCGCGGGCACUAUACCGAGCGCGCCGCCGCCGGCGUCAUCCGCACCAUCAUGGAGGUCGUGCUGCAUUGCCACAAGCACGGCGUCAUGCACCGGGACCUCAAGCCUGAGAACUUCCUGUAUGCCAACAAAUCUGAGAACUCCCCUCUGAAGGUUAUCGACUUCGGUCUCUCUGUGUGCUUCAAACCAGGUGACAGGUUCAGUGAGAUCGUUGGAUCCCCCUACUACAUGGCUCCUGAAGUCCUGAAGCGGAACUACGGGCAAGAAAUCGACAUCUGGAGUGCAGGAGUCAUUCUCUACAUCUUGCUAUGUGGUGUCCCACCUUUCUGGGCUGAUACUGAUGAGGGGAUUGCACAGGCUAUCAUCCGGUCGAACCUCGAUUUCUCGAGGGAGCCUUGGCCAAAGGUGUCUGACAAUGCAAAGGAUCUUGUCAGGAAGAUGCUUGAUCCGAGCGCCUACUCUCGGUUGACUGCCCAGCAGGUUCUAGAGCAUCCUUGGAUACAGAAUGCCAGUGCAGCUCCCAACAUCCCUCUUGGAGAAGCAGUGAGGUCCCGGCUGAAGCAGUUCACUGUGAUGAACAAGUUCAAGAAGGCGGCCCUGCUUGUUGUGGCAGAGUGCAUCCCAACCGAAGAGCUUGAGGCGAUCAAGGAGCUGUUCCACAUGCUGGACACCAACAAGGAUGGCCACCUGACAAUCGAAGAACUCAGGAACGGACUGCAAACGACAGGGCACAAUGUCCAGGACACAGACGUGGACAUGCUCAUGCAAGCUGCAGACAUAGACGGCAAUGGCACCCUGGACUGCAAGGAGUUCGUGACAGUCUCCAUCCACCUGCAGAAGAUCCGUAGCGAGGAUCACCUGCCCAAGGUGUUCAGCUACUUCGACAAGAACGGGAGCGGGUACAUCGAGAUCGACGAGCUGAAGGAGGCCCUCUCUCCGAGAGGCGACCAGAAGGCGAUCGACGACAUCAUCAUGGACGUCGACAAAGACAAGGAUGGGAAGAUCAGCUACGAAGAAUUCGAGCUGAUGAUGAGAGCAGGGAUGGACUGGAGGAACACCUCGCGGCAGUACUCGAGAGCGGUUUACAACACCCUGAGCCGCAAGAUGUUCAAGGACGUGUCCCUGAAGCUUGACAUCAACGACGGUGGCGCAGAAGCACUCGGUGCGGUGGCGAAAGACGAACAAGAAUCCCAUCAAAAAAAGAAAGAAGAACAAGAAGCGGUUGACUGA